GUUGAGGAGCUUUCCUUUCCUGCGGCCAGCUUGCUUUGACAGCCAACACUGGCGCAGAGUCUUGUCACAAUUUCUAUCCUUUUUAUUGUAUGUAACGACAAUUCAUACACACACACUUCAAUAUCCUCUUCAGACAAGAAGUGGAGGACCGGCCUCGUCUAGAAUGGGGAACCGAGACGAUGAAUACGAUUUCUUGUUCAAAGUUGUGUUGAUUGGGGACUCGGGCGUAGGGAAGAGCAACCUUCUCUCCAGAUUCACACGCAACGAGUUCAACCUGGAGAGCAAGAGCACCAUCGGGGUGGAGUUCGCCACGCGCAGCAUCCAGGUGGACGGCAAGACGAUAAAGGCCCAGAUCUGGGACACGGCCGGCCAGGAGCGCUACAGAGCCAUCACCUCAGCGUACUACCGGGGGGCGGUGGGCGCCCUGCUGGUGUACGAUAUCGCCAAGCACCUGACCUACGAGAACGUGGAGCGCUGGCUGAAGGAGCUGCGUGACCACGCCGACAACAACAUCGUCAUCAUGCUGGUGGGCAACAAGAGCGACCUGCGCCACCUGCGGGCGGUGCCCACCGAUGAGGCCCGCGCCUUCGCAGAAAAGAACAAUCUGUCAUUCAUAGAAACAUCUGCCUUGGACUCAACAAAUGUUGAGGAAGCUUUCAAGAAUAUCCUAACAGAAAUCUAUCGCAUCGUAUCACAGAAGCAGAUAGCCGAGCGGUCCGCCCACGAUGAGUCCCCGGGAAACAAUGUGGUGGAUAUCAGUGUUCCACCCACCACCGAUGGGCAGCGGGGGGGCAAACUGCAGUGCUGCCAAAACCUGUAACCCACGGCAACUGGUCUACCACACCUGGGGAGAUUACUCAUUCAAAAUCGUUUUUGUCAGUUAUGUUGAGCAUUUACUUUCUCUCUGGGCACCUCCAGUGUUUACUACGAGAACGAUCGGACGAAGUGCACUUAACAGAGCACACAGAGCACGUCGGUCCCGCCUGAUCUCUGCAUAGAGCCGUCAUCCCAGAAAGUAUGUAAUUGAAUAGAUUUUCAACGGUAAUCUCACCCAGAUUGGCUGCAUUGGCUAUUGUCCCGAAACGCGACUGAUGGUACUGCUAUGGGUUGCCACGAUGUAUAAGCUGUGAUAGCCUUAGCGGUGUAGUGUCGCCUGAGCCCCUCUGCCCCUACAACACUACCCCGCCUCGGCCCUGUGGGGCUGCUCCUCAUUGCUCCGGCUCAGGGACCGGCAUGUGAUGUCAUGCGUGAAUGAGCUUGGGUCCUGUGUCAGUGGUACCUGCAGUCCUGGUUUCGCCCCCUCUCAUCCAGUCCAUCAUCUCAAAAUUGGUCGUUACGCUGCUAAAGCUUACUUCAAUUAGUGUAAAAUAUAUUCUUGUUUUCUUUAUUUCUUUAUUUUUUAAAUGAUAGCUUAUCUGCUCACAUACAUUAUAUUAAUGCCAUGAAAUUAAAUUUUACAAUAUUAAGA